CAAUCCUAGAAAGCCACGCGGUCCUGCCGGCGCGGUGCCGUGCUCCGCUGGGAUUGCUCCGAGCAUUUAUUUUGCAGGCCAAGGAGUCGUGGGAGAUGGACACCAAAGAGAAGCUGGAGCAGGCUGCCGUCGUCAAGGAGAAGGGCACGAUGUACUUCAAGGAAGGCAAAUACCUGCAGGCGGUGAUUCAGUAUGGGAAGAUCGUGUCCUGGCUGGAAAUGGAGUACGGUUUGUCUGAGAAAGAGUCGAAAGCCUCCGACUCCUUCCUCCUGGCUGCCUUCCUCAACCUGGCCAUGUGCUACCUGAAGCUGCGAGAGUACGCCAAAGCCGUCGAGUGCUGCGAUAAGGCGCUAGGACUGGACCAGGACAACGAGAAGGGCUUGUACCGGAGGGGAGAAGCCAGGUUAUUGAUGAACGAGUUCGAGCUGGCAAAAUGUGACUUCCAAAAAGUGCUGGAAGUGAAUCCACAAAACAAAGCAGCGAAAUCCCAGAUCUCCGUCUGCCAGAAGAAAACGAAGGAGCACAACGAGCGGGACCGGAGGAUCUACGCCAACAUGUUCGCAAAGUUUGCGGAGAGGGACGCAAAGCAAGUGACUGGUGGUGACCUCCUGGUCGCCGCUAAAAUGAAAUGUCAUCCCGUCUCUGGCAAGGCCAAGGGUAUUUUGAGACAUGAUAGUAUGGAUUUCCUGAACCUG